AUGGAAUGGGUGGGCUCAGUAGGAGGCGGCGCCCGGACAGGACUCAGGGGGGGAGACUCAGGCGGCGCCGGACAGGGGGAGACUCAGGCGGCGCCGGACGGGGGAGACUCGGCGGCGCCGGACAGGGGGGAGACUCUGGCGGCGCCGGAAAAACAGGGGGAGACUGGGAGACUCAGGCGGCGCCGGACAGGGGGGAGACUCACAGGCUCUGGCGCCCGGACAGGGGGACAGACUCUGGCGGCUCCGUACAGGAGGGAGGCACUGGAGGGUCCAGACAGGAACGAGACUGUGGAAGGAGAAGACGCAGAGACAGCCUGGGGAACUCACCAUGUACACAGAUGCGAUGCUCCCUCACUCUCCCGUUCCCCCUACUCCUCUCCCUCCUCCACCUCAUAUCCCUACACCAGCCCCUCUCCCUCUCUCUCUGCUCUGACUGUGUGUCUGCGUUACAUGGCCGAGGAGGGAGAAGACUUGACUUUCUUCAGCCUCACUCAGGGGAACAACUGGAACCUUUUACUGAAAAGGUAUUAUUGGGGGAUGGACCACCUCUCCAUCGACUCCUCCCAGGACUUUAGCUCCUAUAAGCUGUUCAGGGCUGUCAGAGAGGCACACCCCUGGACCAGCCUGUGUGUUACCUGGGAGAAAAAGACAGGCAUGGCCCAGGUGUGGAGAGGCGGGACAGUCAGCGUCAGGAAUAGGGUGUUUGGCCAGGUGACCAAUGGGCCUCCUGUCUUGAAAGUGUUUAAUUUUGAGGGGCAGGUAACUGACGUGGAAGUCUGGGACAGAGUCCUCUCCCCAAGCUGGAUACUGGCCUACAUGUCUGGGUGGCAGUCCUACUGGUCCUACACCCCUGAUAAUGUGCUGACCUGGUCCAAGGCCAUCUACUCCACCAAUGGUGAGGUUCUCCUGGAGAGAAACACCUACAACUCUGACCAUCAGCCUAUCAGUGGCCACGACCAGCGCCCAGGACCAAUUAAAAGGAAGACAAAGAGAAAGUUUGAAUGGAGGAAGAGUGAGAAUGCAGAGCAGAGACAGAGGGCAUGGCUGUAGGGGAGAGUAGUGAUUGCCACCAGUGGCGAUUUUAACAUGUGAAUCUUGGUGGGUCAAAAAAUAACAAAAGUGGGAUGCAUGCCAGCAAAUGCACAACACUAAACAAUACAUUAAUUGCGCUAUAACAGUGACAAACGGUGCCCACAAACAUAAGCGGAUCAGAGGCAAUCCGUAAUUUCGACGAAGACAAUAGCGAGCUAGGACAGAUGUAGUCAAUAUAACUAUUUGUUGAGAACUUUUGAAAUGUACAGCGACAGAAUUCAGAACAUGGGCCGUUAUUACAGUGUUUUACCUGUACACCAAGUCAGAACCAUAGGAAA